AUGAUUGAUUGCACCAAAAUGUCGGUCUUUUUGGAAAUUUUGUACCGUAUUUGUUGCUGGAACGAUGAACAAGGAAAAGAUGAUCUUAACUGUGAUAAUGAAAGCUUGCUCAGAAACAAAAGUAGAAAUCCAAACCCUUCUGAUUAUCAUGCUAUUGACCCAUUUCCAAGGACCUUUGCUCCAACUACUUACACUAAUCACUUCAUAAAGCAAAACAAUGCAAAGACCGGCCUUCAGAACAUUCAGUCACAAAGCUAUUCAAAUUCUUCAAAAUUGGCUCAGACAUCGAUAAACACUAGCCUCUCUGUUCGAACCCAAGAGAUAAACCAAAAGAAUUCAGUUCCAAAUAAGCUGCUUGAUGCUUCAAAAGUCCCUCAUAAGCCGACAAUUUUACCUUCAUUGUCCUCUUCUAGUUAUGUUGUUCAAAGUAAGACAGUUAAUUUCGAAACAAACAAAACAGCUGACCAAAAAUGGACCCAGAAUUUUUCUCCAAUUUCCUCUCAACCAUCUCCAUCUCCAUCUUCCUCUAAACCCCCAACUUUAUCUAAGCAAACUCAAUCUUUAACAAGGACACACACAACUUUCUCCAAACCAUCACCAUCUUUGUCUGUGCCACCUCUGUCUUCCUCUAAACCGACUUCACCAUCGUCCUUAUCUUCAUCUUCUUUUCAGACUUCAUCUUUCCCGAAACCACCUCCACUUUCGAAUAAGCCUACUCUUUCUCCUGCUUCAUCUAAUCCGAAAAAUGACCAGACACACACCAAGUACAUUUGGGUUCAGGAGGGUUCAUCACCUACACAUGUGAUUCCCGAGGAUAUCAAAGAAUUGAUUAAGAAAGACGUUGUUCCUGGAGUGCUCAAGAAGCCCUUGUCUCCGUUGACCUACAAGGAUUACUUUCAUGCUCUGCUUUAUGCCGAGGAUUACUACCUUGAGGUACAUAGAACAAAUAUUUUUAUUUCUGCUAAUAUUUUGUAA